AUGAGAUAUUUCACAUCCGUCCUCGACAAGUCCACCAACUUCUCCUACAAUCCCUUUCAGGAAUAUCAAUUCUCUCGUCUCUCUCGCAAAGCAACAGCUAUGGCCAUCUACUCGGGAAAAAACUCGGUUGUCGUCGGUGGAACUCAUGGUAUUGGCCUCGAAGUUGCCAAAGCCCUCGUAUCCCAAGGUGGGAGAGUGGUGGUUUCAGGACGGCGCGCAGAACCCGUCGAAUCUGCAGCUAAAGAGCUCAAUGAAUUUGCCGCUGGAGCAGCCCUAGUUGUGCAGUCCGAUGUCACCUGUAUGGACAGCCAUGCUGAGCUUGAAGCUUCCGUCAAGAAACAUUUGGCCAUCGACGGAACUGCAGCAAUUGAUUUCCUUUUCAUCAAUGCUGCAUAUGCAGGCCUUGCCCCCUUUAAGGCCGUUACCGAAGAAAUGUUCGACAAGCAUUUCAACACCAACACUCGUGGUCCAUUUUUCAUCGCUCAACGCUUGACGCCAUACAUUCGACCAGGUGGCUCUAUUGUGUUCACUACCAGUGUUUCAAUUGGCACCGGAUAUCCAGGAAUGGCUGCAUACUCCGCAUCGAAGGCGGCGGUAUAUUCGCUUGUGCAAACGCUGGCGGCAGAGCUGGCGCGUGGAGAGGAUGGCAAACAGGGUAUCAGGGUCAAUGCCGUUAGUCCUGGGUUCGUGGAUACGCCAACCAUGGGAAUCAUAGAGGCUUCCAAGGAGGAAAAGGAAGCAUUCGCGGACAUUGGAGCCAAGACGUCGCCAAUGGGCAGGAUUGCAAAGCCGAUGGAAAUCGCCAAGGCAGCUUUGUUUUUGGGGUUCGAUGCCACCUAUACAACGGGGGUCGAGUUUGUGGCUGAUGGAGGGUCGAGAUAUUUGAGCAUACAGCUCGAAGGUCAUUGA